ACGAUCUCUCUCUCUCUCUCACGCGAAGAAGAACCCUAGCAGUCUCACUAUUUCUCUCACUCGAUCGUAUGAACUCUCAAUCACGACCUCUCACGAUCUCGAACUCCAUUGUUCCCUCUCAAUCACGACAAUUUAUCACUCGAACUCGUCAUCUCUCUCGAACCCUAAACUCAACCGUUUUUCUUCUCAGAUUUCGAGAAUCCUAAGCUAUGGAAAAAUCUUACCCAACAUCAGUGCUGAAUACCAGAAAGCCAUUGAGAAGGUGAAGAUAAAGCUCAGAGGUUUCAUCGUUGCAGAUUUAUAUCCCAUUGAAGCGAGAAGUAAUAUGCAAAAAAUCAUGGGCUCUCCAACAGACACUACAAGAUAGCCUUUUUGCACUUCCACUUGUUUGCUAGAUGAUGAUUGUCUAAUACCAGUUAAGUGAAAACCCAUUCUUGUCUUGUUUCUUCACAAUAGAAUUAUCUCAAAUAAGUAGUAGGAAAGAAGUGUUGCUACUUAGCACCACAUCUUUGGUCGUGAGUAUAUAUAUUUAUAGCAUAUUUAUUAUAAGUUACAUGUAUUUUCUUCCCCACUUCCAGCGACUAAAAGCAGCGGACAACCUGUUCUCCACCGAGUCAAUUUUUUCAAUCCCAACCGAGUUAACUCCAUAACACCAAGUACUUCCAACUUAAAAACCUAACUCCAAUUCCAUUCACCAAUGGAAGAGUUAAAGGUUUCAGAAGCUAGUUUAAUAGUUUACAUUCAUCCUUCUAAAAGCAAUCAAGUUUCAAAAGAUGUUCCUCGUGAACUCAGUUCUUUGCUUUUCACGUACAGUGAUAUAUUCGACGGUGUCGUUUUGGCUUAUGAUAUUAACUCGUUAUACAAAUGCGCAAAGAUUCUUCCCGGUGUUUGUCCUUAUUUUGGUGUUAAUCUGAAGGUCAAUAUGUUGCUUUUUUCUCCCAAGCCAAAUAUGCUUUUAGAAGGAAAGGUAGAGAAAAUUACACAUGAUUCGAUUCAUGUUGUUGUGCUUGGGUUUUCUGCUGCGAUUAUAGCCGAGAAAGAUAUCAGGGCAGAGUUCGUAAUGAAACACGAUAAAGGAGUGUAUGCAAGCAAAUCUCACAAGCGACACGUGAUAAAGAAAGAGACCAUGAUUCGAUUUAUGGUGAAGAGCUUUGAUGAAGAAACACUUCAGGUUUAUGGAUCUCUGAUUCCAGAUAACACAAGAAGCAUACAUUUUGUUGGAUAAGAACUUGGAAGUUGUUCUCAUUUUAAUUAUUGGAGACUUGGGUUAAUUCAAUUGAGGCUGUUCAACAAUAACUAUCAUAAUUGCAUCGUGUUACGGAGGAAAGUUUGAUGGAUCGCGUAGGUAUCAAUAUGCAUGAAGCAUGCCUGCAGAUUGACAAAGAAUGCAGGUUAGUGGAAAAGUUGUUUGAUCUCUCCUGCUGCAGCCUUUUGUUUCUAGUUCCAUUUCUUUAUUCAUCAACUUAUUGAACAUGAGUGUGGAUGUUAGAGUUUCACAAAAGUAUUUGUAAAACUGAAGCAAUCAAAAGCAUGAUAUCUCUCUUUUAUUCAUCAGGUUCUUUAGGAAGUGUAUUGUGAUUUUGUUAGUUUUAUGUGUGUAAUUACUUAUUGAUUAAUCAAAACCAUGAUAUCUCUUUUAUUCAUCAGGUUUGUGAUUUUGUAAAACUAAAAAUAUUUGCAGUAUCAUGUUCUUGAUUUUUAAUGUAGGAUUGAAUGUAUCAGUUCUUGAUUAUUGUAUGUUGUGAAGUUAUGUUUUGGA